AAGCUCCCCUCAGCCGCCCUCCAAGCUCUCUCCUCCGUUGCCGCCGCCAGCUCCUCUCCCUGCGCCGGAGCUCCUUCGCCGGCGGCAGAGAUGGUUAGAAAAGCAACCCGCUAUGAGCCUGGACCGGCAUUUCAGGAGAGCGGAGAGGAGGAUAUGCUCGAAAUCUCGCCGUCAGACUCCACCGAACUUUGGCUAAUCCAGUGGCCUAUAAACCAUGUGGAUGCUUCAGAUUUUCACGGAAAAGAAGUUUCACUUAAGCUUCACAAAGACGGAAACUUGGGAAACCUGGAGUCUUUCUCGGGGAAAUCAUAUGAACUCGUCAGCUUCGCUGCUCAGCAGCCAGAUGCAACCGUAUUUCUUCCAUCAGGAUCUGAAAUGAAAGCUGUGGGCAAGAUUUCACGCAGAGUUAGCUUGGUCCGUUACCCUGAACCUCAAGAAUUGGAGAAAGAGAAACCUGGUUUUGGGAGUCUUAUGACUCCUGGCAGUAAGAAAUCUGCAGGUUCUUCCAGGAAGACUAUGUCUCGGUUCACUAGUGCAUCGAAGAACCGCAGCAGCCAAGGAUCAGCAUUCUCUCUGGGUCAACAUAGUGCGGAGCCAGUGUCUAAACACAAGCAAAAGAAGAGAAGGGACGAAAGCAGCUUGGGCCACUCAAACAUGUCUGGGAAGUCCUCCCAAGGGUCCCAAGCUCGUGGAACAGAAAGCAACACAACCUCCAAGAUACCGCAACCGUCAGUAGAGAAAUCCAAGAAGAAGAAGAAGGUUAGAAUUGCAGAGUAGCAGAAGCAGCGGCAGCGGCAGCAGUGCCAUCAGUCAGCCACACACCCUGGAGAAGAGAUAUGCUAAUUUACCCUGAACCGUCAGUAGUGGCUCCUCUUUGUUGUCACUGCUCGAUUAGACGAUAUGAUAUUUCUUCCCCUGUUGUCUUGUUCUUCCUGUAAUUUUCGCCAGCUUUUAUAGCGUUCUGAAUGCAUCCAAGCUGGUCUUAUAUGAUUCAAAACCAAGCAGGGAUUUCUUCUUCCCUUUGAAGU